UUUCCUCAAACGCAAAUCCGAAAUGACCGAGGAGCGUUGCGUUUUCAAAUUCCUCCAGCGUAGUGUGGACUGGGCCUUGUAACGUGUAGCUUGCGCACAGAGCUUCCAGUUUCCUACUCCACCCCGCGUGGGUGAAAUGUGACGUACCAUGGUUGGUUGAACUAAUGUUGACUUAUGUUGUAGAGUAGUGUGCGAACAUUUAGGCGGCUUGGGGCUCGGCUUUUUUGUUGAUGUUUUCAUUACUCUGGCGUGUGUUACUUGAACUGUUCCUUUUGUUAAAGGUGAAACAAACAACUGUGGUGAAACAGAAAAAAGGAAUAGCUAGGUCUUUUUGUCAUUCUGCUGUAAAGUAAGAUUUUCUGUUGCUUGUUGUUAGUCGUAUAGUUUCGACACGAGGACAAGGCUGUUAUUUUCAAGUUUCGUUUGUGUGUUCUUGAGGGAUGAAUCAUUUGACUUUUGAGGUGGGAGGGUUGAUUUGGUAUAAGCAUGGAUUGUUUUAACUCUUAUCAUGCUCUAGGAAUUUUUUUCUCGGGGCGUGCGUAUGUAUCCGUCUAACAGGCUUUUUUUGGGCUCGCUGAACGUCUGUGAUUUUUUUUGGCAGUAGUCGUGUACGUGAAUGUUUUUGCUCCUACAAGUAUACCUGCAGGAGGUUGUUUUCAAAAGUCAUCCACCCCCACCCCUUCAAAAGUCAAUUUGUCCACCACUUACAACAAUGGUUGUUUUUAUGAGUAAACCCUUAAAGUGCAUGGUCUUUUUCCGUUUGAACAGACUCGUACCGUUACGUGCUUUGUAUGUUAUUUAGUUUAUAAAUACCCUUUGUAAAUGUAGUUUUGGGUGAUUCUAGUGUAUAUAUUUCGUGUGUAGUUAGCUAUCUGUUGUAGCAUGUAAUUAAAUUCGAACGUAUAUAUUCUAGUAAGUUGUUUUUUCUUUCCUUUUGCCAUUUGUGUUACUGAUGUAACUUUAGUAAUACGUUAGACAGCGAGAAUUGUAAUUACAGAUUCUUUGAAAUAAAGUUCUAGAUGUAAAGCGUCCGUUUGUAGAGACAAGUUUAAGCAAGAUGGAAAUGUGAUCAAAGCCAAUUCUGUUUUGAAAGGCGGACUUUUGACCUCUGCUCGCCUGUGCUUGCCUUGCUGUUGAAAGGCAGGUCUGUGUUUCCUUCUCAGGUAGCAAAGCAGAAUUUUGCACUGGGCCGUCACGGUGACCGGAAACGAAAAAGAUCCUUAGAUAAUUGACUUAUGGCCGGACUGUUCGUUCCGCAAACGGAACGCAUGUAAACGGGGAAAAGUGUUAGUUUUUAUUUUCGGGGGAAGGGAAGAAGAAAAGAAAAACAGUCUUUUACCAGUAACUCAGGACCCCUGUGUUUCGGCUGGGAUUCUUGUGGUGGUGAUUCCAUGGGUCCACAACUCCCAUAAUACUUUCAAACAAUCUUACAUGGCUCAAAAAGAUAACUCCAGAUAUGGGUGUAGUACUCCAGGUAAGGUCGGUACAGCAAAUUACGCACCCACCCCACCUAUUUCUAUUUUGAGACGCUUGCUGGGCGCGGGCUGUCACCAAUCAGACAACAUGCUUUGAUUGACAAGGCUAACUCGGGUUACGGUUGUCAAAACUGCGCGUAGAUAAAUUAUUUCUCGCCGUGCGAAAGCAUUUCACUUGACAUAGUUCAGAGAGCAGAAAUGUUCACAACUGUUGUUAGUGCAAAUGUUGGUCCCGGUGUUGUCCUUGGCGUAAUUUGGGCGCUUAGUUUUGUAUUGCCUUCACAAGCCCAAGGGAUCUGUGAACCACUCACUAUCCCGCUCUGCCAGGGUCUUGAGUACAAUCACACACUAUUCCCAAACAUGUUGAAUCAUACAUCACAACAAGAAGCUGCUCUUGAGGUGCACCAGUUUACUGCUUUGGUUAAAGUGGGUUGUUCGAGAGAUUUGGCGUUUUUUAUUUGUUCCGUGUACGCUCCAUACUGCUCGGUGUCGGCGAAUUUGACGUUUCCAGUUCCGCCUUGCCGUUUUCUUUGUAACAGGGCUAAACAAGGCUGUGAAGUGCUGAUGAAACGUUUCGGCUUCGCAUGGCCAGACAGUUUAAGGUGCGAUAGAUUUCCAAAGCUGGGUGAAGAGAUUUGCGUGGAUGUUGAUAGGACAGGCAAGACCGUCACGGUCCAGCUGCCGACAGUCGAAAGAGUCAAAAGAGAAGACACAGAUGUACUCCUUCUGUUCGCUAACCGGCGCGACAUACGCCGUAUCCACGUGGGUUCAGACCUUCUGGCACAUGGGGAGUUGGUGACAAGCCAGAUAGCAGCUGUAGCAAUAGACUACGACUAUGAUACGGGAUUUAUUUACUGGACUGAUGUUGUCUUGGGUAAUAUUCAGCGCACACUGUUCGAUGGCACAAGAAAAAUCGAAGUGGUGGUGAGAGGCCUGAAGUCUCCUGAAGGACUGGCUGUUGAUUGGAUUAAUAAGAAGUUAUAUUGGACUGACGCAGGUGCAGAUGUGAUUGAAGUAGCUGAGUUUAAUGGUCGACAUAAGAUGGCUUUGAUUACAACAGGGCUUGGGAAUCCGAGAGCCAUUGUUGUUCAUCCCAUUACUGGAUACAUGUUCUGGUCAGAUUGGGGUGCCGCAGCCAAGAUUGAAAAAUGUGCAAUGGACGGAGACAGUACCUCGCGACAAGUCCUCGUCAACCGAGACAUCGUGUGGCCAAACGGACUAACAAUAGACUAUCAAGAAGAGCGGAUCUGGUGGGUGGACGCUAGUCUGGGGACAGUCGAGUCCAUGCUCUUGAACGGUCAAGAUCGGAAGAUUACCAUACGCAACUGGGGUGUUCGCUACACCUUUGGCAUCACUGUUUUCCAAGACUGGAUCUACUUGACGAGACGUAGUCGAGGACGAAGGGUCGUUAAAAUUAGAAAGAAUGGUCGUGGAGGAAUUGAGAGGAUAGAGCGACACUUGUAUGGACCGAGAGGGAUUGUGGUUUAUAACCGAUUGAGGCAGCCUGGAGCGAAAGUCAACCCAUGUCGCCCCUCUUCAAACGCUGUAAGUUGCAGUCACGUCUGUCUGUUAGCUCCAARAAAUGUUCGUCCAGASGGAUUUUCUUGUCACUGUCCACCUGGAUUAGUGCUUCUACAAGAUCAAAAGACCUGCAAUUCUACAGAUGCGUUUUUGUGCAAAGAAGAAACCUGUCUCAAUGGAGGCACGUGUUUCGAACAAGCUGACACCCUUCCCUUAUUUAGAUCCGGUUUAAGUUCUCUAAUAUUAAGCACCUGGUUUAAAGCUGACAGGCCAUGCAAAGCGUCUUCAGAAUUCCGCUGUAGAGGGAGCCGAAAGUGUAUUCCAAGUACCUGGGUUUGCGAUGGUGACGCUGACUGUGCAGACCAUUCCGAUGAAGAGGGCUGUAACAUUAACAGUACUUACUCCUGCAGUGUCAGAGAAUUUCAGUGUCGAGGCAGUGGAGCGUGUAUCUUAAAGACGUUCGUUUGCGACGGCGACAAUGAUUGCCCAGACAAAUCAGAUGAAGCAAACUGCAAAAGCACUUGUAACAACCACUUUCACUUUCAAUGCCGCGGCAAUGGGGAGUGCAUUCCCAAAGGCUGGGUGUGUGAUGGUGAUCGAGACUGUUCUGACAAUUCAGAUGAAGCAAACUGCACUCAAGUGGUGCCUACAUGUAACAGCAGAUCAUUCCAGUGUGAAGAUGGCUCGUGUAUUCAUGUGAGCUGGCGUUGUGAUGGCGAUAGAGACUGCAGGGACAAUUCAGAUGAGCUGAAUUGCGCAACCCCUAGCCCCAGUCCUACUCGGCGAUGCAACAGUAGUGAGUUCCAGUGUCAUUCAGACGGAUGUGUCGAGAAAGCCAAACACUGUGACGGCAAACCUGACUGCCAAGAUGAAUCAGACGAGAAAACAUGCGAUGACGGUCCUUGUGGCGCACAACAGUACGUCUGUAAAAAUGGAAAGUGCAUAGAUUUGACUGCGAGGUGUGACGGGAAAAACGAUUGCCUUCAUGAUGAGCAAGAUUGUGGUACGUUACGAAAUAAUUUUUUUUGGUUUCACUUUAUUUCAAUACAGCUUCUUGUUGAUCCAAUCUACAGCAAUUCCUUCAGGCAUGCUGAGAUCUUCUUUGAUAAUCACUUCAACAUCAGAGCCAUUUUUCACGUCUGCCCUUUGAAUAGUCUCACUUGUUAUCUCACUCCACUGGAAGCUUUCCACAGCUCAACUACUCUUCAUACAAAACUGAACAACAGCAUCAACAAGUCGACACAGUCGAAGAGAUCAGAGGAAAAGUAUACCGUGACAUAUUCCACGAGUUAUAUUAGUUGUAUUUUCCCGGUUUACACACGAGCCCGGCUUUAUAAGGGGAGUGUGUAUACUGAGACAAUUCAAGUGGACAGACAUGAUAUAGUAAGUGUAUUGUUUAUUUCUUUUAGCUGUCCUUCGAAUUAUAACGGCACCAGAUGUGAAAUAUUCAUCCCAACCGUCCCCCCAGUGGAUAGAGAUGUUUCCAGCACAAUAUCUCCCACUACCAAAGAGGCAAACUGUGAACCACUCACUAUCCCGCUCUGCCAGGGUCUUGAGUACAAUCACACAAUAUUCCCAAACAUGUUGAAUCAUACAUCACAAGCAGAAGCUGCUCUUGAGGUGCUCCAGUUUACUCCUCUGGUAGCAGCGGGUUGCUCGAAAGAUUUCGCAUUGUUUCUGUGUUCAGUGUAUGCUCCGGUCUGCACGGUGUUCAAGACUCUAGUUCCGCCUUGCCGCUCUCUUUGUGACAAUGCUAAAGACAGAUGUGAAUUGCUUAUGACAAGUUACGGCUUCGCGUGGCCAGAGAGUUUGAGUUGCGAUAGAUUUCCAAAAUUGGGUGACGCGAUCUGUAUUAGUAAAAAUACUACAAGCAGAGCUACUCCACAGCCGCCGACGACAAAGAAUGGUGAGUGCUAUACUUACCUUAUAAAGGUUUUAAAGAAUCGUAAGAAUCAUUACAUCUUCGCACCUAUACGAAAAGAAAGUUUUUCUUCGAUUUAAUCUGUUCCUGGUCCAUAGUUUGGAGCAAUGAAGGAAAGGGUAAUCGAAAUAGUUCGCGACAUAAAAUACAAUUCGGAUAAACAACUUGUAUGGUGGAAUAAGCCAUUCGUUCCGUUCGUUCGUUCCUUCGUGCGUUUGUUUAAUGAGUCAGUCAGUCAGUCAUCAAUCAGUCAGUCCGCCAGUCAGU